GUGACAAGCGGAGCUGGACUGCGGCGAGGAGCUGGGAGUUUGACAGCGGUGGCAGAGGGGACUGGCUGGGCGCUGAGAGGGAAGGGGAUUGCAGAUCUAUCUCCUGUCCUGGCUGGAGUCGCUACCUGCGGACCGACUGGCGGCCAGGGGGGCCACAUUCCCGUGUCAACUCUGCCAGCUCACGGAGGGAUGCCUGAAGGGUCGUUGUGCUCUGCUAAGGAGGCACCAGGUGUAGAAGAAUCUCCCAGGACUUCUUCCACCUCUUCCUUGAGCAGCCAUGACAGGACGUCCACAGUCACCAUCUCCACCAGCUCCACAUCAGUCAACACAGACUGCUCUGACUACGAGCGCCCCGCCAGUGCCAGCUCCUUGGGUUCCCUGCAGGAUUUCCGUGCCCCCUUGGAGACCAUGGCCCAGGCGGGCAUUGACAUAGGCGUGGAGCUGGCACCGCCCCCGCGGAUGCCCAAGGCCGAGCGGGAACGCAACAACAACAACAACAACUUGGUGGAGCGGGCGAACAUCAACUUCCGUCAACACCCCAUGUCCCCCAUCGCAACCAGGGCCAUGGCCCCUAAUCCCAAACUGUCGUACGUGGACAGGGUGGUGAUGGAAAUAAUCGAGACCGAGCGAAUGUAUGUUCAAGAUCUGAGGAGCAUCAUUGAGGUGGGUAAAUUACGUUGCACCAUUUCCACUUAUGGUAUAAACCCCACAGAGCAGGAGGCAAAUUGA